AUGCGUCUCGACAUGCGAAACCUUCUGGUUGCCUCCCUUCCUCUUGUCGUCCUGGGUGCGCGCAAGCGUGAUGCGUCCCCGUCCUCGACGUUCCAAUUGUAUGCGUACAGUGAUCGCUUUGGUGGAUUGCCGCUCUUCUAUGCGGACGGCCUCGCCUACCUUGGCAACCCGAGCCUUUCUAACAGCUCGGAUGCUGCUGUUGUGAUCUUCACUACGGACUCUGAUCACCACUUCGUCGGCAAUCCGAACGUCACCGCCGGCAGUGCUGCGCCCUCGUGGUCCAACGUUACGCUGUUCGUGCCCGAGCCCUCGUCCGGGGACAAGCGUGUUGGCUUCCUUCCGCCAAACGAUGGUACCGGCAACGCUACUACGCACACUUCUGGCUUCGCCUUCUACGGGUCUACGGCUAUGCUGUACGGCGACGAUGGCAGCAUCGCGACCUCUUUCAGCGGCAUUCAGUCGGAGAAUGGCAUCUAUGAGCUCUUCUGGAACGACACUGAAGGGACAACACCGUUGACGCUAAGGAAGCAGGCACCUAGUAACCCGCCUAGUAACACAACUUCGUAA